AUGACAACUUUGCGAUCCGUUUCGUUUGAGCUGGCGACUGUUGCCAAAAAUGAACUAAACGAAGAUCCUGCACAGCUUGACAGUCAAUUAGAGGUGAUAAGACGUUUCCUGAACGACCAACAUACUCUGUGCGGGGAGCUAAGUGACCAGAUACUGUUGUCCUUUCUACGGGGCUGCAAGUUUAGUUUGGAGAAAACAAAAGAGAAGUUAGCACUGUUCUUUCGAAUAAGAACGGCCCUUCCACAGGUAGUGCAGGACCGUGACCCGAUUGACGAGCAUGUCCUGAAAGUGAUUCGCAUGGGCGUCGGGAUUCCUUUACCUGAGACGGUGUACCAAUCAGAUCCUAGAAUUUUCAUAAUCAGAGUUGCUCAAUUUGACGUGGCAGAAUGCAGUUUUGCCGAUGUAAUAAAAGUUGGUACACUGAUCAACGACAUCAUGAUGCGAGAUGACGAUCAAGUCGUAAUCUGUGGCAUGUCCCUGAUCAUCGAUUUGGCACGUGUAACUGCCGGACACCUGUUCCAAUUCGAUCUGGAGUUCCUGAAGCAGGUCGCAGUCCUGUAUCAGGACGCAAGUCCGUUUCGAAUGCGUGGAAUACAUAUCCUUAAUCCCCCACCUGGAAUGCAAACGGUAGUCAAUGUUUUCAACGGGCUUCUCUCAACUAAAAAUCAGGAUAGAAGGAUAUUUGUACAUGGAUCGAGUUUAAACUCGUUGCACACUCAAUUCCCCAGAAGUGUACUUCCAGUGGAGUAUGGAGGAACUCUAGAACCCAUUCAAAAGUACGUAGAUGUUUGGGAGAAUGGACUACGAAAUAAUCGUGAUUAUUUACUCGAAAUGGGUAAGCUUCGGGAUAGUCAAAUCGGAGAACUUAGCGGUUUACAAGCUAACAAAUCAUUUUUGUCGGCUUCUUCAAGAAUUAGUGACAAUUUCGGUAUUGAUGGGACGUUUAGAAAACUUGAACUUGAUUAA